UAUAUGCAUAGUUUAUACUCAUAGUACAUGAUAUUUAUGCUUCACCCCCACUAAAAGUAUUUUUCUCUUUCUCCUCCUCCUUGCGGAAAUGGAAGAAAAUGAUAAGAAUGAGAAGAGGUUCUCGUGGAAAAAGAGAAAAGGGAAGGAGAAGGUUGAGGAAGAGGAACAGGGGAGUUGUGAUCCUCUGGUUGUUUUUGGUUCGGAUGUGAUGCUCAUCAUUCUGAGCUUUUUAGACGCACGCAGUGUGGCACUUUCGCUUCUUGUUUCCAGGGAUUGGUAUGGAGUGGCUUCUAGUGAUCGCCUUUGGUCUACUUUGUGUGAGAAGUUAUGGGUUCAGAAAGCUCAUAUACCUCGCAUAUCCCAAGCCCGUGGGUUAUCCAAGUUGGAAGCUUACUCGUUGUCGGUUAUGGACGGCAAACGUACCCGUAUCAUGAAGGAGGACCUCUGGGAUCAUGCCUGGGAGUUUCACUAUAACAUGGUGGCUCCGGAGUAUUUUCGCGACCUUGAUCCGUACUGGAAAGGUACUGGGAAACUGAUGCGCCGCUACUUCCAUCCCGAUGGGAGUCAAACUGCAGAUGCAAAUGAUAUGAUAUGGGGUGGCCAUGAGGCUUGUUAUUGCGUUGUCACCAGUUUCUUGGAUUGUGGACAGAUCAGGGAUCACUAUGUGAGGAUAAACCGAUGGCCGCAGCUAUGUGUUAGGAGGAAAGAGGAUUGGAGCUGGGAAAUGUCCAACCACCUUUACUCCUACACCAGCAUCCAGGAUGCAUACAAGAAAGGCGGAACAGGUCCACUUUUUCCAGGUUUCAGAUUCACUGCUUAGUUGUUGUCUUGUUGACAUAGAACCUGUGGCCUGUUUUUGUUUUGUCCUUUGUUUGUUUAUCUGUCGCUUUGUUGGGUUGUUCUUGGUUGGUUGUUGGUGAAUUUUCCGGUCACCUUAGUUUUGUUUAUAAAUAAAUAUGACAUCAGACUA